AUGUUAGUAUAUGAUAAGUAUAAGGGGUUUAGUUGUACCAAUGAUGAGAGUAUAGUAUCAGAAGUUAGUAAAGAGAGUGUGUUCAGUAAUGGGUUUGAUCAAUUGUCUUGGUCUGGAGUUACAGGUGAUGAUGAUGAGGAGGAUGAAGAAGAAGACGAUGAAGAUGAAGAAGAAUUGACUGAUAAGAAGAAACGACUAACUAAACUGGAAAAGAGAGAACAACGUCAAAUGAAGAAAAUCAAUGCAUCAAGAAAUAGGAAAGCUAAAUUUCAACAAGAAUUGAAUGGAAGUGGAGGGAAGCAUUCAAAAGGGAAAUCACAACAGGGAAAGAAACAACAACAAAGUUCAGCUAUACCGUUCAAUUAUAAUCCAUAUAUCGCCAAGGCCAAAAUCAGAAGUUUACAUACCAAGAUCCAUGAUUUAGCUCAAAAGACUAAACGAGAAGAAUUCAAAUUAUUUCAAUAUUAUUCCAUUGCAUUAUAUAAAAGUGAUAUUGAUCAUAUCUUACCUGGAGAAUGGAUCAAUGAUAAUGAUAUUUCUCUUAUUUAUGAAGUCAUCAAUCAAUUAUUCAUCAAUCAUAAACGAAAUGGUCAUGGAGAUGGCAACGACCCGUUCAAUGGUCAAGUUCAAUUAUUAUAUCCAUCAUUAAUUCAAUUAUUCUUACAUUAUCCUAUAAGUGAAGAUAUUGAGAAUAUCUUACCUAUUGAAGAUUUAAAACGACUGAAAUUCAUCUUUAUCCCUAUAAAUUUCAUUGAAGAUUAUGAUGAAGUCGAUUUAGAAGAAGUUAAUAAUGGAGAUCAUUGGUGUUUAAGUUUAUUAUCAAUUGUAGAACAUAAAUUAUAUAUUUAUGAUUCAAUGUGUAUUGAUGAAGCUAUGGAAAAUGAUGAUAAAAUAUUAGCCCAAUUAAGUUUAAGAUUAAAAUCUUGUAAAUCAAUUAUAAACAGUUCAAAACCAGUUGAAAUUGUAAGAAUGAAAUGUGAUCAACAAGAUAAUUUUGAUGAUUGUGGAGUUUAUUUAAUUAUGAUUACAUGUAUUUUAAUCAAACGAUUAUUAUUCCCCAGCGAGGACAGUGAAGAAAAGUCAUCAACCCAUGAUGACGAUGAAGAUGAUGAAGUAAAUGAUAAUGAUGAAAUAGAUGACGAACUAUACUUUAAAAAAGAUAAAUCAAAAAAUCAUAAUGACUACAAUAAUGAUAAACCCAAGCAUAUUAAUUUGGAUAUAAGUAAUAUCAAAUUCAAUGUUUUAGGUGGUCGAUUAUUCAUAAUGGAUUUAAUUUAUAACUUAUAUACUAAAUUAAAAACCUAA